UUUGGACAGACGAAGCAAAGCAGAGAUGUUUCGCUCGGUGGUGGAAGGGUGAUGAUCUUGCCUUGUUUUGCAGCCACAGUACCCUGGGCACCAUGGACUGGUCAAACCUGUACUGAGGCCCAUUAUGUGGCAGCUAACACUUGCCUGAAACUGGGUCAUGCAACAUGGAUUUCACCUUCGUCUGUGUCACCCAAAAGAUGGACACCUGCUGAUGGAUGGAGGCUAUAUUAACAACCUGCCUGCUGAUGUUGCACGCUCCAUGGGGGCCAAAGUGGUAAUAGCUAUUGAUGUGGGCAGCCGGGAUGAAACCAAUCUCACUAAUUACAGCGACUCACUCUCGGGCUGGUGGCUGCUAUGGAAACGCCUUAACCCCCUAGCUGAGAAAGUUAAGCCAAAUUUUGAGGUACAAGUUGCAUGGUGGGUGGAGUUCCUGGUGUUUCACCUGAAAUCCAUCGGGUGGCUAAUCAGCAGAGGGAGUCUUAAGGCCAGGUCUCCCAUUCUCUGCCAGUUUGUCAGCUACCUUCUGGUGGUAACUGGGCCUCCACGGUCCAUGGUCAAUGUGCCUUUUUGGAAAAACCACGACUCACCACAGUUACCUGCCUGCCCUCCUGCCUACCGUGCCCCUGCUGGACUCCCUUGGAAUUCAAGGUCUGAUCUUCAACACACUCACUCGCUCCUCAAUCCAGCCUGGACACUCACUCGGAUACUCUCCACGAAGCUUCUCACCUCUUUUCUGCAGGUGGUGACAUGUCCCAAUGCUUCCUUCACUGACCUGGCAGAAAUUGUGUCCCGCAUCGAGCCCGUCAAACCUCCUCUUGUGGAUGAAGAAUCCGACUACCACACGGACUAUGAAGAGGAUGCACUGGAGAGUGCUCUCUCUGACAUGGAGACGUAUAAUCGCUAUGGAGAGCACACUGAAGGGGAGGAGACUGCUGACACGAUUUAACAAAGAAAAAUGGGGACGACUAUGCACGCCUCAACCUGAUUCUCAGAAUGUAGAACUGGAUGGGAGAUCGACACGCUCCAUUACCCCGCCCACCAGCUGCCACCAUCAGCUUCCGGCUAUCCCAAACAGUUCACUGGAAGCGAUGUCAAACCAGCAAGUAAAUUCCAAGUAGUCCGUUUUUGUGAAUGGUGGAGUAAUAGAAGUUGCUUAAACAGGUUGGCACAAUGUAAGCAUUCUGUCUUUGCUACAUUUUACCCUCCAAUGUGAACCACCAGACUCUACCUGCAAAACUUGUCCUUUUGUCUUCUGUGACAUCAAAUGGUCAGACUUUUAGAAAAAACAAUCUGUAGUAUGAAUUUCACACCUACAUGUACCCCU